GGGAACAUGCAAAUAUUGUGCAUACAAAAUUACAUCACUGUGCAGUGUACAUUAUCGCGCUCAUAAACCUCCCGUGAUAGUGUAGUAACGCUAAAAGAUAUCACUUCAGCUGAUAUCCGACGAUAGUGAAAAAUAUCAUAAGUCAUUGGAUAAAAAUGAGAUGAACUAACGUCAAAACAGCGCUGAAGAUAAUAAACGCAGACGGCGGUGGUGUCGAGGAAUUUCAUACUGGGGAAAAUAGACGUAAUCCAUACAAUUUUGACGGAGGUCAAUGGUACUUGCCUCGCAGUUUUACGUGAAAGCAAUAAGAAGAAGAAGAGUUGACGUUUUGUCAAAAUAUGCCCAAACAUGUGCUGAAGUAAUGAUGACUGUGCACUGUGUGCAGUACCAAGACAGGUCUCGUCGUGUGAAGACAUACGGCCGCUACUCGAGAGAGGACAUUGCUCUUCACCGAAAUUCUUAUUAUUUGUGUCUGUGAAGCCCAUGCCAGCUGAAAAUGGCCACCUGUGGCAGUGACUGCUGUUCGAACGGGAGUAUAUUCGACGAGAAAUCCAUCUCCUGUGAUAAAACUACACGUGUCUUAGAAGGAUGUAUGCCCUUACCAAUCCCUGAUGACGUUUUGAAAGAAAUUGUUCCUAAAGCAAAAGACUUUGCUCUUUUGCAUGGUGCUGGGAUGAGAUACAGAGAUAGAUAUGAUGCUGAUAAGUUGGAAUUUGCCCCCUUUUUUCUUUUACCGUCGGCUUUUCCUAAAAGAGAAUUUGAACGUGUGGUCAAAAUACAACCCCUCAUCAAUAUCCUAAUGCACAGAGUAGCUCAUGAUCAUGAAUUCUUAGAGUCAACUCUUAAAAAUACUGUCAGAGUCGACAGCUUCACUGCUAGGUUAUGGGAUAUUUACACAACUGUAAGAAAAGAAGGUGUAACACAGGGAUUGAGUCUGGGUUUGGUGAGGUCCGACGUCAUGUUGACAAAGUGCCACGCUGGUUGCUGUGAAUUGUGCCAGACCCCUCCUUAUGUAACAGCCCACCAGGUGGAGGUCAACACCAUCGCCUCAGGAUUUGGCCAUUUGGGGCCAAUUUCUGGGAGUAUUCAUAGGUAUGUUCUUGGUGAACUCCGGAGACCUGAACUGUUACAUCACCUUCCGGAGAAUGGUGCUUUAUCUGGACUAUGUGGGGGAAUGGUAUCAGCUUGGAAGCACUACAAAAAUCCCAAAGCUGUCAUCCUAUUUGUGAUUGAAGACAUUACCUACAAUAUUUGUGAUCAGAGAUUCCACGAGUACGAGAUUCGCCGUCAGAGACCUGACAUCCACGUCAUACGUCGUAACCUUACUGAAAUUAGCCAGCGGGGGACCUUAACGAAUGACAAAAGGCUAAUUAUAGAUGGUGAUGAAGUGGCUGUAGUUUAUUUCCGUGCUGGUUAUGAGCCAGGACAAUAUCACACUGAGGCAGAAUGGGAAGCUCGCCUUACUAUUGAGAGAUCGAAAGCCAUCAAAUGCCCAAGCAUUCAGUAUCACCUCGCGGGCACAAAGAAGGUUCAGCAAGAACUAGCACGUCCAGGUAUGCUCAAGAGGUUUUUGUCUGAUUCAGAAGCCGAUCAUGUUAGGCAGCUCUUCACAGGAUUAUAUACUCUAGAUCGGGAUGAAGAGGGAGAUAAAGCUGUCAAGAUGGCACUAGAAAGCCCAGAACGGUUUGUCUUGAAGCCCCAGCGUGAAGGUGGAGGCAAUAAUGUUUAUGGCAAGGAAAUCAAAGAUGUCUUGGAAAAAAUAAAGGACUCAGUUGAAAGGGAGGCAUUUAUUCUUAUGGAUAGAAUUCGGCCACCUAUUCAGCAAAAUUAUCUGAUUAGACCCCACAUGCCUGUAUCAUUAGCUGAAGUGGUAUCAGAACUUGGAAUUUUUGGAGCUGUGAUUGGAGAUGACAAAGAUAUCCUUUUGAAUGAGUAUGCUGGACACAUGCUUCGGACAAAGCUUUCAUCUGUCAAUGAGGGUGGUGUUGCUGCUGGACUUGGUGCCCUGGACUCUGUCUUCUUAUUUGACUGAUUGUGAUCCUGAUUAUCUUAAUUUUUUGGCUGUUAUUCUAUAUUUUUCUUACAACCCGUAAAUUUUACAAUUUGUAAAGUUGAGGAAAUGCCCAUGAGUCUUGGUAGUAAGCGAUUCUUUUUUAUAAAAAGAUUUUUUUAUUAAAACUUAGAUGAUUUUUAGCUUUUUCUACAUCACAAAUAAUUUUGUAACUUUUUCUACAAUGUGGUCCUGAAAGGAUUCCAGAAUGUGAAGUAAUCCAUCAUUACAGGAUGUUGCAAUACUAAAUGGUAAAGUUGAUUAGGAUACUCCCCCUACAUUAUCAUUAAUGAUACAUCACUCAUGUAAUCUCUUUAGGAGGCUACCACCUACUCUGGGCCUUAAGUGACAUACUGUAGAUGGUACUAAAGGUCCUUUGCAGUGUGUCUUCAGCCCUAGUUGCAUUGUCCUCUGAUCUGUACUACUCAUCCAUUUUCAUUGGUCACUUCCCACAUAGCAGACCAACUUCUAUACCUUUAUCAUGCUCCAUUCUUCAACUUCCAUUAUUAAACUAUCAUUUCAGUACAUAUCCUGCAGGCAAGUCUUAUGAACCUAAAAUUAACUCAGUGGUCUUGUUAAACUAAUUAUGAUAGAAUAACAGUCAGCAGUGCAUGUAAAACCACCAGGUCAUCUAGGUCAUCACUUUCUUUAAAUUGAAGCAUGAAUUUUAUGCAUCAAUUAUUUGUGCCUGUAAGGUUCGUAACAUACUAUUUAAACGUGUUUGAUCUGCAUCUCAUAACUGUAGUAUUUUUGCCUGCCUCUGGAAGAAACAGUAUAUUUGAGCAUCCUCUCAUUUUUUCUAUAUAUUUUGGGUAUGUUUAUAUGUGAGAAAAAUAUAUAUUAGAACAGAUAGCUCAGAGGUGUUAAAUUGGUUGUACAGUGGUCCCCCCGUAUUCGCGGGGGAUGCGUACCAGACCCCCCCGUGAAUAGUUAGAACCCGCGAAUGUUUGGAACCCCUAUAAAAAUGCUAGAAACAGCCUAUUUUGUUAGUUAAAACUCUAGAAAAACCCACUAAAAAUGUUCAUACUUGGUUUUUUUAAUAGUUUUAUUACAUAAAGUGCAUUUUAUGAUGAAAUUCAUAAAAAAACCAGGAAUUUGUGGAUAUUUAUCAUAGAAAAAUACCGCGAAUGCGCGAAUUUUCCGGGAAUAAUGCGGGGAAACGUUCCCCAGAGAAAUCCGCGAAGUGUGAGCCUGCGAAUCUGGAGAACGCGAAUACGGGGGGUCCACUGUAAUUAGUUCAACGUAACUUUUAAUCAUAUUCAGCACUAAUUUUGAACUCUUAGUUUUGUUAGAAAAUAUGUUACUUUAUAUUUAGUUACUCUUAAUUAUGUUUUUUUGUACUCUCAGCAUGGGCUUUUCAUGAUGUUAAUUUUCUUUUUUCGGUAUGAAAAUGGUUUAUACGUGAAUUUAUAUAUAUGUGGGAUUUUUAUAGCUAUUCUGUAAAUGAAGUAAAUUUUUUAUUUUCUUUAACAUACAAUGCAAUUUUCAUGUUUGUAUAUGGAUUGUUAUACUAUUGGAAACUAUAUAAAAAUAUGUAAAUCACUGGUAAAUAAAAUCUUGGGAAGAAUUA